CAGUGUCACGUGACCGCAACCCGGAUGCAAACCGCGCCGCCUGUCCGUGUGUCGCAGGCUGAUGUUUUGAGUUGGUUUACGUCGUUUUUUGGUUUUCCUGCGAACAAUAACAUGCAAAACUACGACAACACGGACUUCAGCCCCAAAGCUGGGACGGCAGGGGACGGCAGAGGUGAUCAGGACCCCCAUGGACCCUCACAGAGCAGGAACGAUGGAUCGCUGUUAUCUGUCCUGAAGACGCUGCUGUUCUUCACCAUCCUGAUGAUCACUCUUCCUAUUGGACUCUACUUUACAUCGAAGGCAUAUCUGUUUGAAGCGUCUCUGGGCUACUCCAGCAACGACAGCUACUUCUACGCUGCCAUCGUGGCGGUGAUCGCAGUUCACGUGGUCCUGGCGCUGUUCGUCUACGCCGCCUGGAACGAGGGGUCGCGGCAGUCGAGAGAAGGGAAACAGGACUGAGGAGAGGAGGAGCGCAGGAGUGAGAGGAGGAGCGGAGGAAGGAGAGACGGAGUUUUAAUGCCAGGAAGGGAAAAUGAGAGAGAUGAAGGACCAGACAGAUCUGCUGCGGAAGGAACAGGAAGGUUCUAAUGCAGUGAGGAACCAUAGAACGUCUGUAUGUGUUUACCUAAACUGUCGGUCAGAGGAAGGAAGCCAAACCCUCGACUUUCUCCGGUGGUUCAGGAAAGGUCAGAGGUCACCACAUGGCCAGGGGGAAAGGCCUGUGUUUGGUUGUGUGACCUCCAAACUCAGUUACAACAACAAGCUGGACAGUACUGGACAGUGCUAGAGUAACCUUUUGCUGGAGAAGCAUUGAUACGGGAAUUGUAGCGUCCGAUCACCCCCCCCACAUACACACUUGUGUGCAAAAGUUUUGGCGCCCCCAUCAAAUUCCUGUUCCCUGUUGUUUUUGUUGGUGAACACGUUCUAUAAACGUAACUUCUGCACAUAUUAAUGCUGUUUACUUGCUGAGUUUGACAUGCUGGGAGCAAAAUAAACCAUAAAAUGAGGCCUGUGCAGAAAUUCUGAUAUGGUAUGGUUUAUUUUUUCUCUGUGUUAAACUAAAAUAAAUCUAAAUUGUGCAGAAAAAUGCUCGUGUUGACGUAUCAUGUAGAAAAUCAACAAAACAUGCAGCUGUAUUUCUGCGGAUGUAUGAAAAUCGAGCAACUGGAACUGCACAUACUUAGAUUAGCAUAGUAGAGAAAAUAAUAUUUCUGUCCGUGGAGUUACAAAUGUAGCAAAAUGGUUAAAAUGCAGAUAUUUCAGCGCAAUAAAUACAUCAAACAUCA